AUGAGAACAUUUUUACAAUUGAAGAAAAAUUUAACCACCAAAGUGGUCGUGUGUACUCACACUGCUCUAAAGAAGACCAGGAAGUCAUUGGAAGACUGGAAAGAGGUCUCCAAACCCUUCCUCAGUAAUGGUUUGGUAGGGAGAUUCCACUCCAGUUCACAAGGCCAGGUUAACUCAGCAAUAGCUGCAAAAGAACAUUCCAGACUUCACUCUGCCUCGGAUUGGCCCUCAGGAAGCCCUGAUCUCAAACCACUAGAUUAUCGGCUUUGGUCUGAACUGGAGAGGUUGGCAUGCCACAGAACACACUGUACACCUUGGAAAGCCUCAAACAAUCUCUGCUCCGAGUAG